AUGGAGCUGAUGGAAGGGAAAAAUUCCUGCAAGAAACUCCUCACUCUCAUGCUCUUCAGCUUCAUACUCAGCUUCUGUCUCUUUGUUUCUUUUCGUCAAUAUGGGACUCCYGAGCCAGAGCAGAAUAGUUCCCAAUCCUGUGCACAAAUAACCCCCACUGAAAAUAACAGCACCUUGGCAAAAAGCAAGCAUGGAAUAACCAUUGUGCUGUGGACCUGGCCCUUUGAGCAGCGCUUUAAUUUCAGGAACUGUUCAGAGCUCUACAGCACACCAGACUGCCGCUUCACCGUCAACCGCACAUGGUUACACAAGGCAAAUGCUGUGAUUGUGCACCACAGGGAUGUGCUUAGAAAUCCAGCGGAACUGAGCAAGGCCACUAGAACCCCUUCCCAGCGCUGGAUCUGGUUCAACCUGGAGUCGCCCACUAACUCACCCAACCUGCGYGCCAUGGACAACCUCUUCAACCUCACCAUGUCCUACCGGAGGGACUCGGAUAUCUUCAGCCCCUAUGGGGAGCUGCAGAUCCUUGAGCAACCCCAGCCCUUCAGCAUCCCUCCCAAGUCCAAGCUGGUAGCCUGGGUGGUCAGCAACUGGCAGACACAUUUGUACCGCGUGAAGUACUACCAGCAGCUGAAGCAGCACAUCGCCGUGGACGUUUACGGGCAGCACCAUCAGCCCCUGGCCUCAGACCAGCUCCUGUCCACCUUGGCUCAGUACAAGUUCUACUUGGCCUUUGAGAACUCACAGCACGAAGACUAUAUCACUGAGAAGGUCUGGAGGAACGCCUUGUCUGCUGGCACCGUCCCUGUCGUCCUCGGGCCACCGCGGAACAACUACGAGCGCUUUCUGCCCCCUGAUGCCUUCAUCCACRUUGACGACUUUGCCAGUGCCCGGGACCUGGCACGGUACCUGCAGGAGCUGAGCGAGGACUCGGAGAGAUACAAGCGCUACUUYGAGUGGCGGCAACGGCUGAAGCCUGUGGUCACAUCUGGGUGGGCAACGCACGUCUGCCGAGCCUGUCAUUUCCUGCAGUCGGAGGCCAGGUACCAGGUGGUGACCGAGCUGUCUAAAUGGUUUCUGUAA